AUGCGGAGGGCGUUCGGCUCCACCUACCCGGGCCACGACGCCAACGGCGUGACGGGCUUCCAAGAUCAGAUCCCCGGGGCCCUGGAAUGGCAGCAGAUGGCCAACGGAGCCCUCUUCUCCCUAGCAUAUGCAACCAAUGAAAUCCCCGUCCAGCUCAGCAAUGACAAGGACCUCGGCAUUUACAAGUCCAACCUAGAAGAUCCGCCUGGUAUCACCAUCCCCGGCGGUACCGUCCUGCGUAUGGUCGACAUGAAACCCGGAUCGAUUUCACCAAUGCAUCGCACUAUCAGUUUAGACUACGGGGUUUUCUUGAAGGGGGAAGUAGAGUUGAUACUCGACUCCGGGGAGACACGACUACUCAAGCGGGGGGAUAUCGCGAAGGCAAAGCCGCUGGAAAUCAAUGGAAACGCUUUGGAGGAGGAUUACGGCGGUGGAAUUGAUGACGUGAAGCCGUCGAAAUGA